CCACUUUAAGUAAAAAUCCAAAUACCUUUGAAAAUGACAAAAAGCUUUAAAAUCCAAUCUAAUAACUAAAAUUGUCCAAAUCCUGUCCAGGUCAAAUUUAAACCCAGUCAGAAUAAAUUCCAAAAUGUUUCACACAGUUCAAAAGUAAUAUCCAAAAAUUAUAAUUCCUCUCUUCAAAGAUAACUUUUUAAAUCCAGAAAUUUUUAAUAUUAAUCCUUCAAAUAAUCCUUCCAAAUAUUAAAUAUCCAAACUGGUAAUAAUUUUUACUUUCCCGCGUUUCGGAGUAUAGCGGGAAAGUUUUGUCUUUGAGUUACGGUUUAUUGAACCGCACUGGUCAAGUAUGUACCAAUAUUGUCCAAUGGGAAUUUGUUUAUUCCCAAACUGACCAAUUAGAAAUUAACAUAAGUUACAAGUAUAAUGUGUUGUAGAUAUUUGUCAGUUCUAGCGUGCACUUAUUUAGCACUGGAUGAAUUUCAAGUUUGAAAAUGGCUACGGGAGAAAAUUGUGACGAGAAUAGAACACGGAGUUACGUUAUGGAAGAUAGAAUGAUGGAACAUUUAGAGGAUUUAAUUUCUACAAAAUUUGCUUGUUUUGAGGAAAAACAUGUGAAAACGCAGAAAAACAUUGCCGACAAUCAGAUUACAACAUUACAACAAGACAUUUUAUGUAAUGACAAUUACACGUUUAAGAGGAAGAGCUGCGAGGACCAAUUCAAAUUCAACGUGAAAGUGACGAAAACGCUGAAGGCCGCAGACACCAAAAUUAAAGGCUUAGAAAUGAACGAGGCGUCAAAAAGCAUCGCAGAAGGUUUGCAACUUCUUCAUAGUCGACAAAAAUUGAUAAGAAUUGCCGAUUCAUCAGAUCUUGGUUGGUCAGUUGUUAAAGAAUACCAAGCCAAUCCGUUAGCUUCAGACUCGGAAGAUGAGAAGAAAAUAGCGAGAGCAGAAAGUCGAGCGAAUAAAAAACUGAAGGCUAAACGAUCUUCUACGACUUCCAGGCGUUUCGGAGGAAGAUUCGUACCUUACACUAGUACUUCCCAGACUCAACAAAUGAAGACCGGAACAAGCAUUCCAACGAUAAACAACGGUAGCGUUGGCAGAACAAACAGGCCUGGGCUAUGUUUUGGUUGUGGUAAACCUGGUCAUUGGAAGUUUGAGUGCAGGAGUAACGAAAACAAGAUGUAUGAUAAGAUAAGUAGAAAUUUUAAUUCAUUUGAUUCUGUAAAGAGCAAAUAUCGUUCAGAUACAAAAGAUAUGCAGUGUAGCCCUAUACGGGCCUCAGAAAUAAAAAUAGGCAUGUCCGAUAAAAAUAGCAGUGUAGUCUAUUUAUAGCGUGGGUAAUUACACGCCAGUAAAGGGAGUAUCGCCAGUAGGGCGUUUGAAGGAUUGUAUGUCAGAAUGGGAAAAAAUUGAUGUUGAUAUUUACAUAAAAAAUGUCAUCCAGAACGGAUAUAAGCUUCCGUUAAAAACUUUGCCAGGUGUCGAAUUAGGAUCCAACAUCGUAAGAAAACUACAGGAAUCUGGUUGUAGCGAUUUUUCUAAAGUUGACAGUUUAUGUGAUCACUUGUUAAAAUGUAAAAGUGAAAACACUACAAAGACAUAUAACUCUGGAUUCAAGAGAUGGAAGGUAUAUUGUAGUAACAAAGGAUAUACAGCUUUGCCAGCAAGUCCAAUUUUAGUAGCUGUAUAUUUAACUGAACUUUUAGAUUCUUCAUCAUCAUAUCAUACGGUUUCUAAGGCUUUUUACGGUAUAAAAUGGGCUCAUGAGCUUAAUGGGUUAGACGAUCCAACCAGAAAUUCAUUCGUUAAAAACUUAUUGGAAUCAGCAAAGCGCACUUCAAGAAAACCAACUACUAAGAAAGACCCAGCAACGUCAGAAAUAAUCAUAGAACUGUGUGAAAGGUUCGCAUCAUCAGAAGAUUUAUGUACUGUCAGAAAUGUGUGCAUGAUAACUACUGCAUAUGCAGGUUUUUUGAGAUUUGACGAGUUAAGUAACAUAAGAUGCAAAGAUAUUUCUUUUGAUGAAAAUUAUUUUAAGAUACAUAUAAGCAAAAGUAAAACUGAUCAGUACAGAUUUGGUAAUGAAAUUUUGAUCAGUAAAGGAGUUACAGUAGCAUGUCCAUUUUCAAUGUUAAAGAGAUACAUGUGUUUGGCAAGCAUUGAUACUUCUACUGAAGGUUUUUUGUUUAAACCAGUUUUUAAAUCAAAAUGUGUCAGUAAAUUGAUAUAUAAAGACAAAAAGAUUAGUUAUACUCGAGCCAGAGAAUGUAUUAUUAAGCUUUUUAAAGAAGUGGCUCCAGAUCUUAAUAUUGGCCUUCAUUCGUUAAGGUCCGGUGGUGUUUCCACUGCAGCAAAUAAUAAUGUUAACGACAGAUGUUUAAAGAGGCAUGGAAGGUGGAAGACUGAUUUUGCAAAAGAUAUGUAUGUUUCAGAUUCAGUUGAAAACAGAUUAAAAAUUUCACAGUGUUUGAGUAUUUAGUGAAAACAGUUGAAAUUUAACUUAAAUGAUCAAGAGGAGUUCUUUUUAUUUGUUGGUUAGGUGUACUGUUUUAAGUAUUGAAAAAUUGUAACUUCAGAUUUGUACAUGUAAACGGAAGUAACAUAUUUAUUUAUAUAUGUGUGUUAAACACGGAGAUUAUCUCCCCAAAAUCAGAUUCAUUGAAAUUUUAUUGAGCGUUUGUUGUUAAAUAUUUCGUUCAACAGUUGAAAUUAAGAUCAAAUCUUUUUAUAGUUGUUUAAAGUAAGGAAUUUAGGAAACAUUUGCUUAGUACAUGUAAAAGAUGGUAUCAUGAAUUAUCUAUAUGCAGGUGUUUAAUGCAAGGUCUUUCCAAUUACAAAUACAUGUAUCUUUAUUCCUUCUAACUUUGAAUGGUUCUAGCCAGAGUGCACAGCUACAAGGGCGAAAUAGAGUUUGUGUUAAGUUUUAUUUAUAAGUAAAGAGAAGACUUUUUACUUUCCCGCGUUUCGGAGUAUAGCGGGAAAGUUUUGUCUUUGAGUUACGGUUUAUUGAACCGCACUGGUCAAGUAUGUAUCAAUAUUGUCCAAUGGGAAUUUGUUUAUUCCCAAACUGACCAAUUAGAAAUUAACAUAAGUUACAAGUAUAAUGUGUUGUAGAUAUUUGUCAGUUCUAGCGUGCACUUAUUUAGCACUGGAUGAAUUUCAAGUUUCUUAAUAUAAAAAAGAAGUAUAUAAUUUUUUUAUAAGGAUUUUGAAUAAUUUAGUUUUUACAUUUGAAAGCUGUUAUUUAUUUGAAUUUUGAAAAUAAGCACAAGUUAUCAUUAAUAAGUAGAUCUAUUGUAGAUAUACUUCAUUUAGCACAUAAAUGAGUCAGUUUUUCUUGAUAGUAAGAAGAAAGUUUUUUCUUAACAGUAUAAAAUAUUUUUUAUGCACAUAUAGAAAUUUUGUGUCGUAAUUAAAUUAACACUUUUUUAAUGUGUGAAGUCCACACACACCAUUGAGGAAAGCACUGAAUUGUUAUUUUUUGGACACAGGUUUUCAGAGUCACAUUCUCUGUUUUUUCCUGGACGUCGUGUUUUUCAAUGAUAUGGAGAAUUCCGAUACGAACGUUUAAUGAAACAUUAUAAGACAAAAGGUUUUGAUUAUACAUGAAUGGCAUAUGUAAUGAAAGAUAGGAGUUUGUAAUAAUGGAUUUACACAGUAACAAUGUUUAUAUUAUACAUCAGUAUCAUAUUUAUAAGAUACAAUACGAGAUUUACGUAUUUUUUGUUGAUAGUAUUUGUUAUACAGUAUGUCAUUCAUAUCGUAUCGGAAUAAAUGGUCCCGUAGCCAGAGUGCACAGCUACAAGGGCGAAAUAGA